AUGGACGACGCGUCGGUCCGGGCGACGCCGACGGGGGAUGACGUCGACGGCGCGCGCGUCGGCGCCGCCCGCAUCGCCGCGCGCAUGCUCCGCGGCGCGCUCGCGAUGACGACGCGCGCGAGGGCGGGGCCGGGGAUGUCGUCCACGCGCGCGCGCGCGCGCGCGGUGAUCGCACGACGGGCGCGAGGCGGGACGACGCUCGGUCGAACGGCGAGCGCGAGCGCGACGCGACGCGGGCGAGGGACGAUCGCGCGCGCGAGCGGGGGGGAGAAGAAGGAGAAGAAUGCGUACGGUGAGACGGUGCGGUUGCCGAAGACGAGUUUUGAGAUGCGGGCGAACAGCGUGGUGAAGGAGCCGAAGAUGCAGGAGUGGUGGCGGGAGCGCGGGGUGUACGAAACGCUGAGAGAUCGAGACGGUGAGGCGUUCGUGCUGCACGAUGGACCGCCGUACGCGAACGGGGAUCUACACAUUGGACACGCGCUGAAUAAGAUUUUGAAGGAUUUCGUGAACCGGUGGGAGAUGAUGAAUGGGAAAAAGGUGCGCUUCGUCCCUGGGUGGGACUGUCACGGACUCCCGAUCGAGCUCAAGGUGUUGCAGAGCAUGGACGCGGAGGCGCGAAAGAAUUUGACGCCGAUCAAGCUUCGUUACAAGGCGAAGGCGUUCGCGGAGAAGACGGUGAAGGCGCAGCGCGAGCAGUUCAAGCGAUACGGCGUGUGGGCCGACUGGGAGGAUCCCUACAUGACGCUCCUGCCAGAGUACGAGGCGGCGCAGAUGGAAGUUUUCGGUAGCAUGUUCCUGAACGGACAUAUUUACCGCGGGAAGAAGCCCGUGCACUGGUCUCCGUCGAGCAUGACGGCGCUCGCCGAGGCUGAGCUCGAAUACCCCGAGGGACACUUCUCGCAGAGCAUCUACGUCGCGUUUCCGGUCUCCGAAGUUCCAGAUUCGACGCCGAGCGCGCUGAGGGAUCUGCUCAAGGACGCAUCUCUGGCUAUUUGGACAACGACGCCGUGGACGAUGCCGGCGAACGCGGCGGUGGCGGUAAAUGCAAAGUUGGACUACUCCGUGUGCAGAGUGGAAUCGACGGGCAAAACGCUCGUCGUCGCCGAAGGUUUGCGCGAAGCCGUCGCGGCGAAGUUAGAGUCCGAGCUCACUACUCUUGGAACAUUCAAGGGUCAAGAUUUCGAGAACGUGCAGUACUCACAUCCGUUCUACGAACGCAAGUCGCCCGUCAUCAUCGGCGGCGAGUACAUCACCACCGAAACUGGUACCGGUUUGGUUCACACCGCUCCCGGUCACGGUCAGGAUGAUUACAUCUCGGGCAUGAAGUACGGGUUGCCGUUGUAUUCGCCGGUUGAUAACGCCGGUUUGUUCACCGCCGAGGCUGGUGGAGAUUUGGAGGGAAAGGAUGUGUUGGGCGACGGCAACGUGCUGUGCAUUGAAAAGUUAGAAACAGCUGGGGCGCUUCUCAAGCGCGAGAAGUACGGACACAAAUACCCGUACGACUGGCGCACGAAGAAGCCUACGAUCUUCCGCGCGACCGAGCAAUGGUUUGCGUCUGUCGAGGGCUUCCGUGAGGACGCUCUCAAGGAGUUGGACAAGUUGCAGUUUAUUCCUGAGUCCGGCUCGAAGAGAAUGCGACCGAUGGUUAGUGGGCGCGCUGACUGGUGCAUCUCUCGUCAGCGAGCGUGGGGCGUACCGAUUCCGGCGUUUUACCACAAAGACACGAACGAGGUGCUCAUGGACGAAGCCAUCAUCAAACACGUCACAGAGAUCGUUCGCGCGAAGGGUACGAACGCGUGGUGGGAGUUGGAGGUCGAGGAUCUCUUGCCCGAGGAGCACAAGGCCAAGGCGGGUGAGUACGUUCGCGGUACCGAUACUAUGGAUGUGUGGUUUGACUCCGGAAGCUCUUGGGCUGGUGUGGUGAAGACCCGCGGUAUGUCGUUUCCCGCCGACGUGUACCUGGAGGGCAGCGAUCAGCACAGAGGUUGGUUCCAAUCGAGUCUUCUCACCGGCGUCGGUGCGAUGGGUCAGGCGCCAUACAAGACGAUUUUGACGCACGGCUUCGUUCUGGAUGAGAAAGGAUACAAGAUGUCCAAGUCUUUGGGUAACGUUAUCGACCCUCGCACGGUGAUCGAGGGCGGAAAGAACCAAAAGCAGGAGCCAGGCUACGGCGCCGAUACGCUUCGCCUGUGGGUUGCGAGCACGGACUAUUCCGGAGACGUGAGUAUUGGUAUGAACAUCAUCAAACAAACGAGCGAGGCGUAUCGCAAGCUCAGAGGGACGAUUCGAUUCGCGAUGGGCGUUCUGGAUGAUUUCAAUCCGGCGCAGCAAGUGCCGUACGAUGAUUUGCCAGUGUUCGACAAGUACGUCCUUCAUCGCUUGAACGCGACGGUGAAAGAGAUUGAGAGCUCCUACAAGGCGUUCGACUACAGCCGAGUGGUCUCGGCGGUGACCUCUUUCACGACAUUCCUUUCCAACGUCUACUUGGACGUCAGCAAGGAUAAGUUGUACAUUGGCGCACAAGAUGACUUCAAGCGACGAGCAUGUCAGACCGUAGUGUCUGCCUUGGUCGAGCGUAUUAUCGCUGCAAUCGCACCGCUUACGCCGCAUAUGGCAGAGGAGGCGUUCCAAGCGCUGCCGUACGAUAAGCCCAACGGAGCAAUUUCCGUUUUCAUCGCCGGUUGGCCGUCCACCCCGGCGGCCUGGUCCGAGCUCGACGCCAAGGACGUGGAGUUCUGGGACUCAUUCUUAGAGAUCCGCGACGGCGUGAACAAGGUGCUCGAAGAAGCUCGUACUGCCAAGCUUCUCGGAGCGUCUCUCGAGUCGAAGGUUACUAUGCACUGCUCUGACGCCAAAUUCCUGGCUAAGCUCACUGGCGAAGGCAUUGCCGAGGAGUUGAGAUACCUCUUCAUCGUUAGCGAAGUCCAGCUCGCUGAUUCUAGCGAUGUCGCAAUCGCCGGGUGUGACUUCAAGUCCGUCGUUGACGUUCCCGGCGCCGGUACCGUGUCCAUCGGUGUCGCUCGUGCCGCUGGCUCCAAGUGCGCUCGAUGCUGGAACUUCUCCCCUCUCGUCGGCUCCGACGCCAAGCACUCGCAGCUGUGCGAGCGGUGCGUCCCGAUCGUGAACGCCACGCACCCGGAUCUCGUCGUCCCUGAGCCCGCCGCCGCGUAA